ACCCACCAGCACCCCUCCCCAGGAGCCAACAAUCUACAGCUGAGGAAGAACAGCUUCUACGGUUCGGCCUCGACCUUGAGGGCGCUGCCGCUGCGCGUGGACACUGUGAUGAACCCGCCCAUCCCGGUACGCAUUACCACCCGGGCCGGCCUGCUACUGCCACACAACGGGAGACCCGUGGGGGCUGGGCUAGUGGGGAGCUGCUGCGCUGGGAAAGUCGCCGCCAACAAAGGCAGGAGGACAGCGGCCGCCAAGCUACACAAGAUCAACGACCCCAUCGUGCUGUCCAGUGACGAUGAUGAUGAGGAUGAAGCAGACGACGGCAGCACUGGUAGCGUCAACAGGCUGGACAGCGUCUCCCCGCUGCCGGCUGACUCGGCCCACUCCUCGCCAGCGCCCUCAGGAGGCAGGGUAGAGGCGGCAGUGAAGAGUAGCGCAGGAGAGGAGCAGGAGGAGAUCACCUCUGAUUUCUUCUCUGAUGUCGACAGCAGAAUCUCACUACCCAAAAGGAACCGCAUGAAAGAUCAGUUUGGAAACCAAAUACCUGACGACUCUACACCCAGGAAAAAACAGAAGACCUCCCCCUACAAGCUGGACAGCAUCAUCCUGGACUGUAGGAGCGUGAGAGUAGGGACUCUUCGCAGGAUGGUGACCAAACCUGUCAUUUUUACGGGCGAUUACAUUCAACUUGAAACUGAAGUGCUUUGUAUCCCAGGACCUGAAGUGGAUUCUCUGGAGAAGGUGCGUCUGCAAGCGUCUGGGCUUAUCAGCUGUGAGUGGUGCAGCGUGAGAAAGCUACCCGUGCUCUUCUUCCAGACCACCCAAGAGGAAUGUCAGCGGCUUCGCACCCAGCUCAAAAUGACCCGCGACAAGGGAGGCCUGUGGUACGACUGUGCCAGUAACGACUCUGACGAGAAGUACAUCGUGCUGAUCUUUGAGAACGGGCUGUCGAUGCACGAGCAGAUGAUUCUAGAGGAGAUUCUACAGGAGAUCGGCCGAGCCAACAAACUCAACGAGUUCCCCACUAAACUGCCGUUUGAUGAAGCUAACAUCAGAUUGGUCAACUACAACAAAGCAACAAAAGAAAAGGUAAAGAAUAAUAACAACAACAAUGGCGGUAAAGCCAACAACACACCGCCACCAACAGUGCGGACACGCAUGGCCACACGGCAGCAGACCAGCACGUUCUUUGAUGAUGAAGACGAUGACAUGGCUGAGCUCCAACCCACCUUCACUGGACCAAUCGUAAAGUUGAUGGUGUACCCACCUCCUCCAGCCAAGGGGGGCAUGUCGGUGACUAACGAAGACCUCCACUGCCUUAACGAUGGAGAGUUCCUAAAUGACGUCAUCAUAGACUUUUAUUUAAAAUAUUUAGUUUUGGAGAAGUUGAAAAAAGAAGACUCACAAAGGAGUCACGUGUUCAGCUCCUUCUUUUACAAGAGGCUCAACCAAAGAGAGAGGAGAACCAUCCCAGACACCACUAACCUAACGAUCCAGAAGAGGAAGCACAAUCGGGUGAAGACGUGGACCCGACAUGUAGACCUGUUCCAGAAGGACUUCAUCUUUGUUCCCAUUAACGAGUCAGCCCACUGGUACUUGGCAGUGAUCUGCUUCCCAGGCCUUCAGGGCCCUCAGUUUGUGGCCAACCCCCUAUACCAGGCCCCGGAGUCAGCACCAGGGCCGACACAGGCUGCCCCCCAGGGCAGCCCCCCUGACCACUGCCGGCCCCUGUCUCCAGAGCCAGACCACUUUGAGCCUCUGUCCCCAGACAGAGAGGAACCCAUGGCCCCCUCAGAGAAGCUGUCCCUCAGUGCCACCGAGGCCUCCUCGGGGGGACACUCUCACAACGAGCAGCCAAAGGGGGUGUCCACCUGUCCCAAUGGGGGCCAAGAGGCUCCCAAGACCUCUGGAGCCAGGGUGAAUGGACAGGGCAACGCCCAGCCACAGUACACAGAUGGCCUGCACAGAAUCAGUGUGUGUUAUGGAUCAGGAGGUGGCAAUGGUGAUGACACCCAUACCUUUUCUGAUGAUCAAAGCUCCUGCCAGGAUGAGUGCAGUGAGGAUGGUGCACUUGCUGAGGACCCGGUUACCCCUGAGAGCUCGGAGUGUACCUCCAAACCCACCAUCUGUAAACAGCCUUGCAUUCUCAUCAUGGACUCGUUACGUGGCCCUGCCAGAUCUUCGGUAGUUAAAACAUUACGAGAGUACCUGGAGGUGGAGUGGGAGGUGAGGAAAGGAAGUCAGAGGAGUUUUGGGAAGGAUCAGAUGAAGGGCUCCAACCCGCGUGUGCCUCAGCAAGAUAACUUCAGCGACUGUGGAGUCUACAUCCUGCAGUAUGUGGAGAGCUUCUUCGAGAGUCCACUUGCCAGCUUUCAUCUCCCCGUGAACCUGGCGGAAUGGUUCCUGCAGCAACGGAUGAAGACUAAACGCGAGGAGAUCAAGGAGCUCAUUCGAAAGAUCCAAUCCCAACAGAAGAAGGAGGCGGGCCAGGGCUCAGCCAAAGGCUCUCCUGGAGAACAGGAGGUGGCAGGAGAGGAUACAGAGGAAGGUGUAGAGAUACAGAUUCAGAACUUUCCUGUCAGCCCCUGAGGUGCAUUGUCUGGUCUGACACGGCUACCUACCUACUCUCUUUUACUUUGACAUGACGGCCCUAUCUAUCGGGUGGGGCUCCCGCUGCCUGGUCAAGCCUGGAGGUCGGUCCGUCUGCCUUCCUGCUGCCAGGGCCAGGCCUGAUUAUAUGCUGCUGGAUUACCCCCCCCCAUUAUUUCCUAACUGUCCUAUUCCUUCCAUUUACAACAAAACAAAACAUUUUACAUUUGUAUUGAAUAAAACAUGUACAUAUGCUGGAUGUUUUUGCUGCCUUUGAGAUUUACUGUUUUUGAUGGCGCACUAUACAUGGAUGCUCAUCAUCCAUAUCUGUUUUCUUCAUAGAUGUUCUUUUUUUGGGUGCAGAAUAUACUGUUCUGCUCUUGUAUCAUAUUUUUUAUGCAUCUGAAUGAGUUGUGUAGAGAACUUGCAGCAUUUAUAGCCAUACCGGUCUGGAAGAAAGUAUCAUUUUCAAAAUCCCAGUACCUCCCAUGAAUUGCUUAGCCAGUGCUUGUUAAAGGCCCAGUGCAGUCAAAAACAUGAUUUCCCUGUGUUUCUCAUAUUUUUCCACACUAGGAGGUUGGAAUAAUACUGUGAAAAUGUAUGAUAAUGCCCUUUUAGUGUAAUAGCUGUUUGAUGGGAUGAAGACAUCACAGCCAGUUUUCCGUUUUUCCCUCCCCACUCCGACCCCUCCCAGAUAGUCUUAGCUAAAUUCUUGCCUGAGAAAUUGAUCUUUGCUAAGAAGCUAUUUGUUGCAUUUUGACCAUUUUUAAUUGAAGAUGAUCACAGUAAGGUACUUACUUGUUUCCCAGAUAUGAUUUGAUAUUGAGAUAAAAACGGCUGCAUUGAACCUUUUUAAGUCUCUUUAUGUGAGUGGAUGGAUCUUGAGCAUUAAACACAGAGAUGCAAGAGCA